AUGAAUAUAUCUAAUGAUGAAUAUCUUAGAACCUUAAAGUUGAGGGCUAGAGGAGAAGAAAAUCAUGUUAUAGAAUCUACCAAUCAAACAGAAUUACAACGUCAAAGAUCGUCAUGGAAAUCAAUCAAACAAACUAUUGAUGAUUUACUCUAUAGUUGUAACCCUGCUUCUGAUGUUAAGGACAUUGUAAAGAAAUUAUUUGAAAUCAAUCUAUUGAGAGCAAAGGGACUUUUAAUUCGUUCAAUGAUGAAGAUUCAAUCCAAAAAUAUAACUAGACUUAGUCCAAUAUUUGCAUCAAUUAUAUCAGUUGUUAAUUCUAAAAUACCUGAUAUAGGGGAACUUUUAAUCAAUAGAUUAAUUCUCCAGUUCAAAAGAGCUUACAGAAAGAAUAAUAUUCAAUUCUGUAUGGCAUCCAUAAUAUUCAUUUGCCAUUUAGUAAAUCAAAAGGUUAAUAGUGAAAUUCUUUUGUUACAAAUCUUACAGAUGUUGUUAACAAAGCCUACUAGUGGUACGUUAAAACUAAGUGUAACGAUUUUAAGCCAUUCUGGUAAGGCACUCGAUGAAACUUCACCAGUUGCCAAUAACAUGAUUUUCGAAAAAUUACGAAAUCUUUUACACGAGGGUAAUUUGUCUAGACCAACUGAAUUAAAUAUUGAGAGAUUAUUCAAGAUUAGAAAGUUUCAAUUUAAAGAUUUUCCUAUAAUAAUGGAAGGAUAUGAUUUAGUAGAAGCUGAAGAUCAAAUAACUCAUAAUAUUUUAUUUGAUGAAGAAGAUUUAAAAUCCCAAGAUAGAUUAAAUGUGUUUAAAUUUGAUGAAGAUUAUGAAAAGUUAGAGCAAGAAUAUAAAGAAUUAAAGGAUGAAAUAUUAGGAAAUGAAGAAGAUGAAAUUAAACAAGAUGAAAUAGAAGAAUCAGAAGAAAAUGAUAAUAAAUUAAAGAUUUCUGAUAUGACAGAUUCAGAAUUACAAAAUUUCCAAAAGACUGUUUAUUUAACAGUAAUGUCCAGUAUGUCAUCCGAUGAAGCUGUACAUAAAUUGAUGAAGUUAUCAACACAAAGAAAGAGCAAAGAUAAUGAUAUAACCUUGGUUGAUAUGAUUGUUAAAUGUUGCUCACAGGAAAAGACAUAUACAAAAUAUUAUGGAGUUAUUGGGGAAAGAUUAUGUUACCAGAAUGAAAAAUGGCACCAAGCAUUUAUAAUUAAUUUUAAGAAUUAUUAUGAGAAGAUUCAUCAGUUUGAAGCAAAUUCAUUAAGAAAUAUUGCUAAAUUUUGGGGUCAUAUGUUUGCACUGGAUAGAUUAGCUAUUGAUAAGAGUUGGAAUGAAAUACAACUUACUGAAGAAGAAACAAAUGCCGCUAGCAGAAUUUUCAUCAAAUUUAUGUUUCAAGAGAUGGUUGAAGAAUUGGGCAUUAAAGAAUUGAAGGAAAGAGUUACAGAAGACUUUAUUAAACCUAGUAUUCGAGGAAUUUUCCCAGUGAUAGACACCAAAUGGGAUGAUGCGGAUAAUUUAAGAUUUUCAAUUAAUUUCUUCACUGCCAUUGGCCUUGGUGUAUUAACUGAAGAAAUGAGAGAUGUUUUAAAGAACCUUCCACCAGAAGAAAGAGGUAGAAGUAGAAGUCGAUCAAGAAAUGAUUCACGUUCAGGAUCUUCGAGGUCAUUUUCAAGAUCGAGAUCAAGUUCAUAUUCAAGAUCGAGAUCAAGAUCAUACUCAAGGUCUAGAUCAAGAUCAUAUUCAAGGUCAAGGUCAAGGUCAAGAUCUUAUUCAAGAUCAAGGUCAAGAUCUUAUUCAAGAUCACGUUCUGUAUCACGUGAUAGAUCAACAUCACCUAAUCAAUCUGAACCAAUUUCUAGAUCACCAUCAAAUAAUAGAUCAAUUAAUCCAAAACUCAGUAGAUCUGAGUCAAAAUCCCCAUCUAGAGAUUCAAAGAAGAGGAAAGUUGUGAGUUAA